AUUUGAAUUCGACAAAUUCUUCCAUACCCCAGAAUGUGCCUUCAACGAAAUGUUCUGCGUGACACCAGCAUAACAAAAGUCAUAUUUCCAUGCCUGUACAUGUUGCUGGCCAUUGUCUCCAUUUUCCUCAACAGUCUGAUGGCAUGGAUCUUCUUCAAAAUCCCAAGUAAAUCAACAUUUAUUAUUUACCUUAAGAAUGUGAUGGUGGCUGACGUAAUCAUGACUGUGACUAUUAUAAUUAAAGCAGUGAGCGAUGCUGAACUUGGUCAGUAUUACCUGAAAGUUUUUGUCUGCCGCUACAGUGCUGUUUUGUUCUACAUGAUGAUGUAUGUCAGCAUCAUUCUCUUGGGCCUAAUCAGCCUGGAUCGGUUUCUGAAAAUUGUGAGGCCCUUUGGAAGAUCCUUCAUCCGCAAAGCAACAUUUGGAAAAUAUCUCACCAUUAUUCUUUGGGCUUUAAUGUUCUUUAUAACAGCAUUACCCAACAUGGUUAUGACCAAUAUAACACCAACACCUUCCUUCUCAGGAAAAUGCAGCUUGUUAAAAGGGCAACUUGGCCUGCAAUGGCAUGAGGCUGUCAACUAUAUUUGCCAAAUUAUUUUCUGGACAGUUUUUGGUUUGAUGACUGUGUGUUACACAUUAAUCAGCAAGAAAGUAUAUGACUCAUAUCGAAAUAGCCAAGGCACUAAUAAGAAUGCCAUAGUGCUUGUUAAAUUACGUGUGUUUGUUGUGGUGACUGUGUUCUUCAUUUGCUUUGCCCCAUUUCAUUUUAACAGAAUACCAUACACAAUGAGCCAGACAGGAAAAGUGUCAAACUGCCGCAUGCAGAAUACCUUGUAUAUAACAAAGGAAACUACACUAUGGCUUUCUUCAACUAAUAUCUGUUUGGAUCCAAUUAUGUAUGUGCUCUUGUGUAAAUCGUUCCAGAAGAAGGUACCUGAUGCAAUACGAAAAGUGUGCAAAUGUCUUCCUUUUCAACCACCAGAGUCAUCAUUCACAGAAGAUGUUGAAGCAACAACAGUUUAAAUAUUUCAAAAUACUCAUGAAAUGUUUUAGGAUAUGGCUCACACAACUAGAUUAUUAAUUCAAUAUAACAUUUUAGCAUUGAUAUAAACGUAAUUCCUGACAUUAAAUAAGCAAAGAAAUGUCAAGUGGGUAUGUAUAUAUUUGACUUUUUAAAAGGGAAGAAGUAACCUACAAUAUCAGAACAACCUGUGAUUACUGUACUUUGAAUUAUAGAUCUUUAAGUUACAGUGUAUGAGGUGACUGAAAAAAUCCUGCAACUUCAGUGUUCAAUGUAUUUUGAAAUCUGAGAGAGUAUCAGUGAUUUACAUGUUAGAAGUAGGCCUUGUGCAGGGCUGUUUUCUGGUGAUGAUGGAAUGGCCCUUCUGUACUCAAGUAACCCUGAAUAAGUCUGUAGUAAGUGUGUUACAGAAUAUGAAGUUAACAUGGAAGAACUCUCUACAUUUGAAACUUUUUCUUCUUUGAACAAGGCUGCCGUCACAGACAAUGUCGAUGACCACUAUUAGAUGAGUGGUGACAUUCAUGCAUUCUGAUGUUGGUCAGACACACCAUAUUCCAUCCAUCCAUCCAUUUUCCAACCCGCUGAAUCCGAAAACAGGGUCACGGGGGUCCUGCUGGAGCCAAUCCCAGCCAACACAGGGCACAAGGCAGGAAACAAUCCUGGGCAGGGUGCCAACCCACCACAGGACACACACAACACACCAAGCACACACUAGGGCCAAUUUAGAAUCGCCAAUCCACCUAACCUGCAUGUCUUUGGACUGUGGGAGGAAACCGGAGCGCCCGGAGGAAACCCACGCAGACACGGGGAGAACAUUGCAAACUCCACGCAGGGAGGACCCAGGAAUCGAACCCAGGUCCCCAGAUCUCCCAACUGCGAGGCAGCAGCGCUACCCACUGCGCCACCGUGCCGCCCACACCAUAUUCUGGCAAUACAAAUGCAAUAUGCAUUCAAAAUCAUAUUAAGUCAUUUCUCAUUUAAACUUAACACUAUUUCACCACAACAGAAUUGAUUGUAAACAUAUUGGGAUAUGUCACAGAAGUUCAGGUCCAGCCAUUCCAAUGUUUUGCAGCUAUCAACAAUACUCAUGUCAAGACUUAUUCAGACUGGAUGCUAUGCUUUUGCACAUUCUCAUUUUUCUUUCUCUCUCACUCUCUCUUGAAAACUAAAAUUUGUAUUUACUUAAAUUAAAAGGGGAUUGCACUAUGAAAUUCUUAAAAAGUCUCUAUAUUUGCUGGUGUAUGUGUAAAUGUAUAUGUUGUAGGUUUGUAUUAAAAUGUACCUAUGCAUACAUUCACUGGAUUCAAUACAAUUUAUUGUGACUCUAGAUAAUGUUGCAACAGCAUUUGUGAAAAUUUCAUGAACUUGGUCCUAUGUGCACUCAUAAAGAUCAGAGCAGUUUAAUAUAGUAAUUUGUCUCUGAAAUUGUGAAACGAAUAAAGAGUCAUCACAGGAAAUCCAUUCUAGUGAAUAAAAAGAAAAAUUGUUAAACC